AUGUUCAGAAUUUCUUCUAUCUUACGGUGCAAAAGACAAUUUCAUAAACUAAGAAUCUCAGAUGAGGUGAGAAGUGCUUUAUCCGGCAAACGACCAAUUGUCGCUUUAGAAUCUACCAUCAUAACCCAUGGUUUACCGUUCCCUCAAAACUUGGAAAUGGCCAUGCAAGUGGAAUCUCAAAUUCGGAAGCAGGGCGUUACUCCUGCGACAAUUGCUUUCGUAGAUGGGAUUCCUACGGUGGGAUUGCAAAGUUCAGAACUCGAGCUAUUAGCCGCAUCGGCAAAGUCGAAAUCUAUCAAUAAAGUGUCUAGAAGAGACAUCGCUUACACAAUGGCCAACAAACUGCUAGGAGGCACUACAAUUUCGAGCACCAUGAUACUUUCUCAUAUGGCAGGUAUCGAUGUUUUCGCCACGGGCGGGCUAGGGGGCGUUCAUAGAGGAGCAGAAACCACAAUGGACAUCAGCGCCGAUCUAGACGAACUUGGCAGGACACCUGUAGCUGUAGUGUGCGCAGGCCCCAAAGCCAUUUUGGAUAUUGAAAAGACAAUGGAAUAUCUCGAAACCAAGGGCUGUAUGGUAGCUACUCUCGGACCUCCCGGAUCCAACGUCCCAGGCUUUUACUCUAGAGACUCUGGUGUACCGUCCCCUUACAAUUUUGAGAACUUCUCCGAAGCUGCGCGCAUUAUACAUGCUGGGCGUCAAAUGGACCUUCAGUCUGGCUACCUGAUGUGUAUUCCACCUCCAGAGGAAGUCGCUUUAGAUGAUUCGUGGGUUGAAAGUAUCAUUGAUGAGGCAAACCAUAGAGCCGGUCAGCUCGGCAUUCGCGGUAAAAGCCUGACACCGUUCUUGUUAGGGGAGAUCGCUGAGGCCACGAGGGGAAAAUCAGUCAAAAGCAAUAUUGACUUCGUUUUGAAUAAUGCCCGCGCAGGCGCUCAAAUCGCUCUAGAAUUGUCGAAGCUUAACAAAGAUACGCGUUCUGUCUCCUAUGCACAGCCAGCUUGUAUCAGUGUCCCGGCUAAAUCAGCAACUUCUUCCUCUGUCGUGGUUGGUGCAGUUGCUUUAGAUACACAGAGUACCAUCAUUAACGAUACUCGCAUGAAAGAUUCAAACGUAGGCAGGGUCCGAACUUCAGUUGGAGGCGUCGGCUACAAUGUCGCAUUGGCUGCGCAUUGGUCUAAUAGGUACCCUGAAGUGUCCACGAGGCUAAUAAGUUCUGUGGGCGAUGACCUAUCAGGAUCUGCUAUUUUAGCCAAACUAGGCAUGCCAAAUGAGUCUAUCUAUGUUGAUUCCAAAAAUUCAACAGCUCAAUACUCUUCGAUGCAUUCAAAUGAUGGUGAACUACUUGUCGCUUGUGCAGAUAUGGAGAUAGCUACUAAGCUGCCGCCUGAAUUUUUGUCGUACCAGCUUGAAUGUGCUAAACCGAAAGUAUUGGUUGUGGAUGCUAAUGUCGCUGUUCAGACUAUUCAGGACUUAGUUGAUCUAGAAAAAAAAUUCGGCUACAUGGUAGUGUUUGAGCCGGUUUCGGACACUAAGGCACGAAAGCUAAGCUUGCUCAAAAAUAUCGAGGUAUAUCCAAACACCCAGAUCUACCUUAUAACGCCUACAGCCUCUGAGCUCCGAAGCAUUUAUGAGUCUUUUGAGAAAGCUGGUAGGUUCGACGUUGACAAAUGGUUUCCCGUGCUUGACUCGUUACAAAUCGACAAUGCAUUGAGGUUAGAAAAUCAAGCUAAAGGCUUCUCCAAAAGUCUGAGCGACGUAAGACGAUCAGGCGUUUUCCAAAUGGCCUCUAAUAUACUACCAUACUUUCCAAGGAUUUUGGUCAAGGACGGGGCGAACGAGAUCUAUGUUUUUACUCUCAUAGAAGAUCUGGAUGAGGUGCGUUCGCUUGAAUCCGAGGCAGAUUAUGUUUUCUUGUCUAAGGGUUUGAGUUUCGGGGGGAAACAAAUAGGAAUGAUGUUCGAGCAUUACAAAAUACCGGAGGCUGCUUCAAAAGUUGUGAGUGUCACAGGCGCCGGGGAUACUCUACUUGGAGUGCUCUGUAAUGAACUUUGUCAUAAGGGCGAUAUUUUCAAACUUCCGGCUGCUGUUCGGCUGGCUUCUUUCAGACGAGCGCAACUGGGAGCUAAAUUGACCGUUGAAGACACUACAGCCGUGAGUGAGAGUCUCAAAAACUUGAAAUAG